AAUACAAUAAAAAAAAAAAAUAUUCCCUGUUUCAUUCAUCUAAAACUCCAAAAGCAUUUCCUCACAAUAUCAAUCCAGGUUUCACGUACUUAUCAUAUUCAGGUCCAUUAUAUCUUUAUCAUCUUGUAACUAUUUCUUUAUUAUAAUUGUUGUUAUUUCAAUCUUAUUUUUGUACCCUAAUUGAAAUUCAGUUAUUUAUUGUAUCUUAAAAGGAUAUAGACAUAUAUGGGAAAACCAACUGGUAAAAAGAAGUUACAAUCUAGUGAUGAAAAAGUUAUAAAACAUAACAAAACAUCCUCAGACAGAACGUCGAAAAACGUUGAUGAAGACACUGCUGUGUUUAUUCAAAUGUCCCAAGAAACAAAAGAAGAAGGAAACAAGUUGUUUCAAAAACAUGAUUAUGAAGGUGCCAUGUUGAAAUAUGAAAAGGCUUUAAAAUUGUUACCCAAAAGUCAUAUAGAUGUUGCGUAUUUACGUUCUAGAAUGGCGAGUUGUUAUAUGCAGUUAGGACUUAAGGAGUAUCCAAGAGCUAUACAAGAAUGUAAUUUAGCUCUUGAGGUUGCUCCUAAGUAUAGUAAAGCGUUGUUAAAUAGAGCGAAAUGUUAUAGUGCUUUGAGUAAAAUUGAUUUGGCUUUGAGAGAUGUUAACAAUGUGUUGACUGUGGAAACGGGUAAUGUGGCUGCAUUGGAAAUGGAAGAAUCUUUGAGGAAAACGGUUGAAGGGAAUGGUUUGAAAGUUGAAGAUGUUGGUGUUUAUGAAGACGUCGUCGAGCCUAAUUUGGUGAAGAAAGUUAAAGCGUUGAAAGACAAGGUUGAUAAGAAGAAGAGGAGAAAGAAAGGUGACGCGAAGGUGGUGAGGGAGGAUAAAGAGAUUGUUAAAGAAGAAAAAGUGGUGAUGAAAACUGUGAAGAUGGUGGUUGGUGAUGAUAUAAGGUGGGCUGAGAUACCGGUUAAUUGUAGCAUUGGGUUAGUGAGGGAGAUAGUUAGGGAUAGAUUUCCGGGACUACAUGGUGUUCUUAUUAAGUAUAAAGAUCAAGAAGGGGAUUUAGUCACAAUUGUGAAUAAUAAUGAGCUUAGAUUAGCUGAAAAGUUAAGUGAUCCUCAAGGUUUUUUUAAGUUGUACUUGGCAGAAGUUAGUCCUGAUAAAGAACCAUUAUAUGAGGGUCUGGAAAGAGGACAAAUUCUUAAUACUGAUUACGUAAUAUCUAGUGCUUCUGAUGUUGGAAAGAAUGGUGAAAUGGAAAAGGGGACGACUUGUAUAGAGGAAUGGAUUGUUGAAUUUGCAAGACUGUUCAAGAACCAUGUAGGAUUUGAUGCAAAUCCGUAUUUGGAUCUUCAUGAGCUUGGAAUGGAAUUGUAUUCUGAAGCAAUGGAAGAUACUAUCACAAAUGAAAGCUCUCAAAAUCUUUUUGAUAUCUCGGGUGACAAGUUCCAAGAAAUGUCUGCUUUAGCUAUGUUUAAUUGGGGGAAUGUGCACAUGAAUAAAGCGCGAAAAUUGGUGGCCUUUGCAGAAGAUGGAACCCAGGAAUUGGUAGUAAAAACGGUGAAAGAUGGAUAUGAAUGGGCAAAAAAGGAAUACACAAAAGCUGGCAAAAGAUAUGAAGAGUCACUAAAGGUUAAGCCCGAUUUCUAUGAAGGCCACCUGGCACUCGGGCUGCAGCAGUUUGAACUGGCAAAGCUGAUAUGGCAUUACACUAUUGGGAGCAAAGCUGAUCUUGAAGGACCAUCUAUACAAAUUUUGGACUUAUAUAAUAAGGCAGAGGAUAACAUGGAGAAGGGAAUGCAAAUUUGGGAAGAACUUGAAGAACGGCGAUUAAAUGGAUUGGGAUUAUAUGAUAAGUAUAAAGAUGAGCUGGCUAACGUGGGCUUGGAAAGUGUUUUUAAAGAUGAUGAAGCUGCAGAACAAGCUGUAAAUAUUAGAUCUCAGAUAUAUAUUCUAUGGGGUACAUUGCUUUAUGAGCGGUCAGUUGUGGAAUAUAAGUUAAGUUUGCCAUCGUGGGAAGAAUGUUUGGAAGUUUCAGUUGAAAAGUAUGAACUCGCGGGUGCAUCACAUACAGACAUCGCUGUGAUCGUAAAGAACCAUUGUUCCAAUGGAACAGCUCUGGAAGGUCUUAGUUUCAAAAUAGAUGAAAUAGUUCAGGCAUGGAACGAGAUGUUUGAUACAAAACGGUGGCAGACUGGUGUUCCAACGUUCCGGCUUGAACCACUGUUUAGACGACGGGUCCCAAAACUGCAUUCGCUGAUGGAGCAUUUCUGAAAUUUCUUUGUAUUCUUUUCUUUGUUUAGGUUGUUGCAUUUAAAUUGCUUCUAUUGCUACUGGAAGUGAAAGAACUGGAGGAUUUUCUGGCUUUUGUUAUUUUUAGUGCAACCAGGGCUUCUAUUGACCAAAAAGGUCACCCAAGCUCAAGGUUCUGUAUGUGUUUUCCUGUGAAUGACAUAUUUGUCAAAGGAGUUGGCAACAUUUUUUUAUGCCAAGUUGCUUAAUGAUAGAUCAUCAUGGGUAUGCUUGAUCUUGUGUUAUCUUUUUGAAAAAGAAUUGUAGCUGCAAGAUACUUUGUUAAUAGGUUUUCUUGUACUUUUGCUUAUGGUUGUUAGUUGGACUUGUGUGAUUUUUUGAAAUCCCAUUCUUCAAAAAAGUUUGAUUA